AUGCACGUAAAGUGUGGCGGCUCUUUGAGUAAAACAGAUUUGUUUGAGAAACAAAAGAAAUACUUGUUAAUUCGAGACUUAAUUUUUUUUACCGCUAUUGUGUGAAAAUCUAAAGGCCGAGUAACGGGAAAUGCUUAGUAGAUUUUGAGCGCACCGGUGUUUUAAAAGUAAUCUUUCUAGUGCUAAAUGGCAGUGAAAAAAUUGUGAAAAAUGCCGGCGGUUGUAUAUUCAGGUGUAAACGUGAAUCCAGAUUUAGAGUGCGGCGUCGACGAAGAAGAGGACAUCGCCUUGGCGAUGUCACCGACCGGACAAAUAGCUAAGACACCAACACCACGGGACGAGGCAGAUGGUAGCGAUCAGCGGGAGACAUGGAGCGGCAAAGUCGAUUUUCUGUUAUCGGUUAUUGGAUUCGCAGUCGAUUUGGCAAACGUUUGGCGAUUUCCUUAUUUAUGCUACAAAAAUGGCGGUGGCGCCUUUCUGGUGCCGUAUUGCAUUAUGCUUCUGGUCGGUGGUAUACCGUUAUUUUACAUGGAACUAGCGUUAGGCCAACAUAAUCGUAAAGGUGCCAUUACUUGCUGGGGGCGCCUGGUGCCGCUCUUUAAAGGAAUCGGCUAUGCAGUGGUGCUGAUCGCUUUCUAUGUUGAUUUCUACUAUAAUGUCAUAAUCGCUUGGAGCUUACGUUUCUUCUUUGCCUCGUUCACAAAAGACUUGCCCUGGACGUCGUGUACAAAUCCAUGGAAUUCCGACUAUUGCAAACCGUUUGAAGCUCAACAAAAUACAAUACUUCCCAUGCUACCAACGAUGCAGCCACAAAAUAUUUCUACAAACAUUACCGACAUUCCAUUCGAUAAUGAGUCCACAUUCGGCUACAACGAAACUAAAACUUUGGAAACUACAACGACAACUGAGCGAUUUCAAUCUGCUGCAUCGGAAUACUUCAACCGCUAUAUACUGGAAUUAAACCGCAGUACCGGUCUAGAUGACCUCGGACCCAUCAAAUGGGACAUGGCCGUUUGCCUGCUGGUUGUCUAUCUCAUCUGUUAUUUCUCAUUGUGGAAGGGGAUCAGUACAUCGGGUAAGGUUGUGUGGUUCACGGCGCUCUUCCCGUACGUUGUGCUGCUGAUAUUGCUCAUACGUGGCAUUACACUGCCCGGCUCUGCAAUGGGUAUUAAGUACUAUUUGAAUCCAAACUUUGAUGCAAUCUACAAAGCGGAAGUGUGGGUCGAUGCGGCGACCCAGGUGUUCUUCUCAUUGGGUCCGGGAUUUGGUGUGUUAUUGGCUUAUGCGUCCUACAAUAAAUAUCACAAUAAUGUUUAUAAAGACGCAUUACUCACCAGUUGCAUCAAUUCGGCCACCAGUUUCAUUGCUGGAUUUGUGAUAUUCUCUGUUCUCGGCUAUAUGGCACACACAUCCGGACAAAAUAUAGAAGAUGUCGCCACAGAAGGGCCGGGUUUGGUGUUUGUCGUCUAUCCAGCGGCAAUUGCUACAAUGCCGGGCAGCACUUUUUGGGCGCUGAUAUUUUUUAUGAUGCUGCUGACAUUGGGUUUGGAUAGCUCGUUUGGCGGUUCAGAGGCCAUCAUAACGGCCUUGAGUGAUGAAUUUCCCAAGAUCGGCAGAAACCGUGAGAUUUUCGUCGCCAUUCUCUUUUCGCUGUAUUUCGUUGUAGGCUUAGCUAGUUGUACUCAUGGUGGAUUCUACUUCUUUCAAUUACUGGAUCGCUAUGCGGCGGGAUAUUCUAUACUCAUAGCUGUUUUCUUUGAGUCGAUAGCCGUUUCGUGGAUCUACGGCACAAAUCGCUUUUGCGAAGAUAUACGCGACAUGAUCGGCUUUCCGCCAGGCAAAUACUGGCAAGUCUGUUGGCGCUAUGUAGCGCCAUUGUUCCUACUGUUCAUCAUAGUUUACGGGCUGAUCGGUUAUGAGCCGCUAACGUACGAAGACUACACCUAUCCAGUGUGGGCCAAUGCGUUGGGCUGGUGCAUAGCGGGCUCCUCCGUGAUAAUGAUACCUGCGGUGGCGGUUAUUAUGAUUCUCAAAACGCCGGGUAGCCUAAAGCAGCGUUUGAAAAUACUCACAACACCUUGGCGCGAUCAGCAGGUCUCAAUCAAUGGAGUAACAGCGGAGGCGACACAAGUGCGACUCACAGAUGCUAAAGAAGGUGCUGAAGUUUGAGAUCAGCCAUUUGCAAGAUUCAAAAUAUAUUAUGUCUAAUCGUUUGUUAUUACUUUGACUCAUUCUUUUUCAAAUUGAAAAGUUGAAAGGUUGCAAUAUUAUUUGUGUAAUAUUGCAUGGCGUGUAAAUUUAAAUGUCACCUGUUCUUCACUAGUUAAUGUUCAUGAAAAAUUAGGGAAUUAGCUUUUAAGUAAUUGAUAGCGAAUAAAGUUGGUAGUCAAAUUAGAAAAUAACUAAAAAUUUUGUACACUUAUACAAAUGCAAAUUUCACAAACAACGUAAUAUAUGUACUUAGGUUUCGCUCGCAUAACUGUUUGUGUGAAAGCUGCGCACCAAGCAAGUAGCAAGUAAACAAACAUGCAUACAAAUGUGUAAUGCAGCUGAAGUGAAUGUUAUGACAGUUUGGUAGACACUGGUAUCUAAGUAUUUGCUUUAGAGAGUAGCCCGUAGGCAGUGAGAGACCCCAACCACAAACGUGUGACUUGUUUAAUAUGCAAAACAUCAUAUAUUGUUGUUAUAUGACUGAAAGAAACAAAAUAUGGAUUUAUAUUAUUUUAUAUUAAAUGCAUGAUGUUGCAAAUUUACAAACAUGCAAUGCCAAAAAUGAAAUAUAUCUAGUAAAAGUGUAUGGAUUUUUGUAAACGAAUUAAAAAUGCUGUGUAGAUAAUAUUAGAUUUGAAAUAAUAGAACUUUCCAAGCUACAAGUGUUGCAUAGAAGACAAAUUGUAUUAAAAAAAAACUAAGUAUGUUUUAAUAUGCAAAUAUGCCACGCUUACCCCAGACAGCAGAAGUAGCUAGUAGAGAAAUGCUUGUUAACAAAUCCAUGUACAAUCAAAUAAUUGUUAUGCAAUUUUACUAUAAGCGUAUGAAUCUACUUGUAAAUCACGAAGAAAAUUAUGUUUGUAAAUUAAAAUGCGAUAGUUGAAGCUUUAAAUAAACCCCUUUUAACGGUGCACUCAAGUGCUGCUGUGCUCCUAGAUAAACUAAAAUCUUGUACAUAAAAGCCAAUCACACCAUACAAAAAAUAUAAUGAAAAUAUAGUAACAAAUGGUGUGUUGUUAGCCGCCAAUAGCGGAGACAUACCCCAAUGUUUCAGAAUGAGUUGGAGUGUUGCUGCAACAUGUUUACCACACAGCCACGUAAAAAUGUUGCGCAGUGAGGCUGGAAACAGUUGAAUACCUGCGUAUUUGUAUGUAAAAUUUGCUUUAUUGAUAUAAGAAGUCAAAAGGUGAAUUGCUUAAGGUUAAGAAAAUUAAAUGACCACAGCGAAUAAGAAAAUUGGAGGUCAAUGAAUUUAUUUACUAUAUUAUCUUCAUUUCAUUGCUUAUACGCGUAUGUAAACGAAGCUAAAACCUUUUAGCAGCCAUUAAAAGGUUUUAGCAAUGAGUUAUAAUAAUUGAUUGUUAUUUACAUGCCGUUACUAGUACAAAAAUAAUUGAAGGUCUUACGAGGUGUUGUGGUGCGUAAUUGUUUUA